AACGACAUCGAGACUAAAUAAUUUUCUUUCGCGGUCGUUCGUGUUUCUCUAAAUAAUAGAGAAUAAUUUCAAACGAUACAGUAUAACUAAAAAUCUUUCGGACCUGAUGCUAAUCUAUGUAUACUUAACAUUUAAUCGGUAUGGCGAGAACGAUGCAACUCGGUCCAUGGGCGGUGGUAGUCGCCCUGGUCUGCGUGGUGGGUGCGUCGUCAGAGUUCCUAAUGGGCGGUCACAUGGACAACAGUCCACCGAAGUCCCUGCUGGAGGAGAUGGAAUCUUCUCCGGCUUUGGCAAGGACGGCGCAGCUGGAUGACCUUGACCUGGAUCUCGACGCAGAGGAGAGCACCGUUGCCUUUUCGACGUCGAACGAGGAUGAGGCGUUGCGUUAUCACCUUCCGUAUCCUUUUGCCUUCAACGGCGGCAGACCAUUCUCCCUAGAAAAGGAUCCUAUCACUGGGAAGAUCGACUUCGAGAAGGCGCCCCCCGUGAAGGCUCUCAACUAUACCAGUCGUUACCAAGAGCACCCAAACGACGGUGAGAAGAUCGAUGAGAAAGAGUCCUCCAAGGAGGAUACCUCCUACACGAAGAAGAUCGAGAGCAAGGAGACCGUGGACGUCAGCCCUAACGAGAUCAAUCCCUAUUCACCUAAUUUCCACGAUUUCCUCAAUCUUCCCGUUCAGUACUCGUCCGACAAAUAUGGCAAAGACAAGUACCCGUUGAUAUCUAGUUCCUACGCGAACACGAAGGUCCAGAGCGGGUCUAACAGCUACAGCACCUACAACCAUAAGCCCUACCACGGGGAAACUGUUCUUUAUUAUCCCACAAGAAAACCGUACGUGCCGAAAGCUACCGCUCCCGUGAUUACGUCCCCAAGAACAACGCCGUCGACCACAACCACUACUACCAGUACUACCACGACUCCCAGGACUACGAUGACGACCACCACAACAACUACCACCACGACAACUCCUCCACCAACGACUACUUCCACGAAGGCGCCCGUUGUAACCACCUGGAAGCCCCGUACCACUACUCCGAAGCGAUUCAUGGACGCUUUGGACGACUAUGAGGAUAUUCUUCCAAUAGAAAAGCUUCAAGCUUCCAUGUACGGUAACAAUCACCGUGAUACCAACGAUAUCGUACACAAUCGAGAUCCGCAAGCGAAGCCACCUGUAAAACAGGACGAGUACAUCGAUGGUUACGAAGAUUACGAGAUCGAGGAUGAAGAGGAUACAAAAGAUUACGUCUCGAUGAAAGAGUCGACAAAUGAAAUCGUUAAGACCAGUACUCUGCCCACCGUAACGUCGACUGUUAGUAAUAUAACAACGACUACUCGAGAGACUACUACUCCAGCGUCUACUACUACAACAACCAGUACACCUGCCUCAUCGUCCAUGACACCUACCUCCGUUGCCUUCGCACCUUCCUCUUCGAAACCUCAAGAGAGCACAUUCGCAGCGAAUCCAUUGGUGUUCCAAGGUCCACCUCACCGUCCAGUGACCUCGAUGCCCUUGGACAACGAUCAUCGAGUUCCAGCAGCCUUCGAGAACGACAACAAAAGGCACGGUGCCGCGGAUAAUGUUAUCGUUAACCAAGGUUAUCGACCCAACUCGAUCGCCAACCAGAGACCAAGCGGACUGGGUGGAGGAAUUCUGGUAGAGAGUACUAGUAACAUAGUGAUACCACCCGAUCAGGACACGGUGUCCUUUAUCCUUGGUAACAGACAGAACGUCGAAGGUGGAUAUUACUCGUUGGGCACAGCCAUUGGAGAGAACCUCUAUGGUAGUUCGACAGGAAUCGGUACGUCUUUCAGACCUCUGUACGGCCUGCCAUCCGACAAGACUAAUUACGAUCCACAAGACCACCAUGGAACCAUAGGUUUGCCUUCGGUGUCCAUGUUGGACAGCAACCCCAUUUACGCUGCUCAGACGUGGAGACACCCGAGCUCCUCUGCCACUCAAAAGUUGGCAAAUGAAAUAGAACCUACUAGAUCUCAGAACUCCUUCGUGAUGGGCACCGUACUUCUAGAACAGCCAGACGACAAGAAAGAUGACAAGAACGUCAACUACGUAGUGUUCCGUACGGAUGAACCCAAGCAACCAGUCGAGGAGCACAUCGUCGUCGUGAACGAAGCUGACGGCACUGUACACGAAAUCACGUCUUCCUCCACGACGAUUAAGCCUGCGAGGAUAGAUCCGCCUGUGCCAAACGAGGAACAUCUUCCACAGCUUUCUGAAAAUCUGACGCCGCCUGCAGAACGACCCAGACCACCUCCGCAGUUUUAUUAUCACUAUCAUCACGGCGGUACAGCGAGGCCUGACCAUCCCAGGCCGCAAAGACCGCCUCUACCUUUACCUCCUCGUGGUAAGCAACCACUGACCCCUCCUCCACCUCCUCCACCUUCAGACCUAAGUAUAAGGAGACGUCCUUACUCUCCUGACGCGAAUUUGCCAAACAUCCUGCCACAAUUCAGGCCCAACGCUAAGACGUCUCACGGACACCGUGGCUCUGAAACGAUAGGCACCAUUCCAGCUAGCCAAUCUUAUCCGCCAAGGGUUAGACAACCUGUCCAGUCUCAUCCCCCCACGAGGAGACCUCUGCCUCCGCCACCGUCAUACCUUCAAAGGCUAAAUCCCCCUCCGCCACCGAUUCACGCGCUCAGAGUCGCAGCUUCUACAAAGUCCGAAAGCGUGGUGCCUCCAAUGGAAAUCGUGGAGCCGACAGUCAAGAGAUUUCGCCUCCCACAGAUACCAGCGACCUCCAGAGGUGACGACGAGGUUAAAUCGGCGCAACGGCUGUCUAGCCAAAAACUGCGGCUCGAAGAGGAAGAGAGGUUGGAUCGUUACUCGGAGGAGCCGCCUCAGGUGCCACCGAGGCCUCCGUUGUACCCCAAACGAAGAACGGCUGACCCACCUCACGUAGCGACUCUUCAGAUGCUCCAACACCAUGGCGAGCUAGAUGAGGACAUCACGGAGUCAAACUUGUCGUCUAUCGAUGCGAACGAGGGGUCUGAGGGAAUCGUGACCGAUCAGGAGGCAGACAGGAGGAAGUUCGACGAAAGAGAAACGAUGGCGGAGCCACCUGUCUACGUGGUUUAUCCUGUUAACACAGCGGUGAACAUACACCCAGACGACUCGAGGGAAAAGGACGAGAGCGUGGUUGUCGGAACUCGAGGUCCCCAUAGACCUCUACCGCCGGAGACUCUUCUGCAGGACAGUGUCGAACAAAAUGAUAACGAGCACCAGGGGAUGAACGAAGAACAGAGUCCUCCUAUUCACGGUAUAUUCGGUGGACGACCCAUGGCAUCCGACUUCCCAUAUCCCCUGGAACGUCCUGACCCCUCGAUUCUUGUUAACGGGAUGAGGGAAACCCCGCUAUUGGUGCCCAGCGAUCAGCGACAGGACGAGCAACCUGUGAAAGAAACCAGCGAAGAAAAGGCGGACAAAGACACCAGCGUGAAUGUUAUACCCUACCUGCAGGACUUCGUACCUUUUCCUGCGAGGAAAAACGAAGCCAUCUCGGCGACGCUUCAUCGCUCACCGGCUCUGCCAUCGUCCACGCCUAUCGCCUACGUUUACACGCCAACAGCGCAAGCGUCCCACCGUCUAGAUGUAGACGUACGCGACGAGGGCACUAGAAACGACAGCAACGAGCAAAAGCCUGUCUUACUACCGUCACAGCAACCGUCCAGUUCCUCCAGCUCGGCGCCGUCGCCUCAAAACUUCAUGGCGCCCUUCGUCGCUAGCGUCAGCGCCGAAGCUCCCUCCAAAAACGGUUGGAGCGUGGUCGUUGUGGAGCCUACCAUUAAUAGAAAGUCCGACGACGAUCAUGGAUCGUCCGAGGACACUUCUGACGCGGAAGAAUCGCAGACAGAGAAGAACGAGUUCGAUCCUGAGAACUUCAAGCCGCAGCUGUUCGGUGGGUUCAAGCCAAUCUAUGAAUUUCCUACGGAAGACGUGGACAGGCUAGAGCGUAGGGAGUCAGUUGACACGGGGUCAGAGGUGGCUACGCAUCUUCGCGAUUCCGCUGACCCAGCCGUUUGAUGAAGGAGUAGAUUCAGCUUGUAGGAAAUAUGUUACUUAAACGAGGAUAAUCUCAGUUUCGAGUAUUUCUGGGAUCGUUGCCGUGCUCCUAUUAGCAUUACCUAAAAGCAUAAAAUGAAAUUAGUAUUGAUUUCUAUUGAUAUCCUGGACUACGGUAAACCUUUGCUAACCUUGAUCUUGAAUCUGCUAAGUAGAGAUUCAUCUAAUUAUAUGGAAUUACACUUUCUGUUUAAACACGCGAGGAACUCUUCCUCCAAUUAGUCUAGAUUAACGAGGUUUUACUGUAUAUGGGUUUGAAGUACGAUACGCAAUAUUUAUGAAGUAAUGCUAACUGGAACACCCUCGUAAAGGGAGAGCUAAAUAUCUCGACAAUUGGUGCAUUGGUGAUUGGGAAGAUUUGUUGUCUUCGUGGGGGGAUCGAAGUUAACGAUACAAGUCUGAAUAUUCAUGUAAUCUUUUUCAUAAAUCUCAUGCAUUGUAUUCGAAGCAAAGGAUUAAAUGCAACUGGGUGCAAGGGAUGUAAAAUUCAGUAAUGAAUCUGUUUAUAUUCAUUGGUAGAACAAUGUUUUAUACAUAUAUAAUUAAAUGACCACGAUGUAAAGACUUUUUUAAGCUAUUGGACGUGCUUGCACUAUUUUGCAUGUAAUCCAGUUAGACAUAAUUGAAAGGGUCGUAAACACCUGAAACAAUCAUCACACCGAUAAAUCGUUAUAUUAAUUUAUAUGUUUUAUUCAUAAGCUACAUAAUAAUUUAUAAAAUCUCAUUGAUAGCCUGAGCAUCGUCAUACUUUGUAUAUGUAAAUUCGUGCUUAUGUUACGCAUUUUCACGCCAAGUCAGCGCGAAUAAUGUACAUUAAACUAUUUAUUUAGCUAUAGCAGCGUUUCCCGAACUUCAUCCUCUCGCGGACCAGAGUUUGAGAAACACUGUAUUAUAGAAUUGUUGACGUACUUGAGAGUAUGGUUUAUGUUAAUAAUUGCACUCGUACGAUAAGUAUCCAUGUAAUAAAUCAUUCUUAAAUUAUACGAUCUAUCCCUGUUUCAUUCAUACUAAUGCCCCUUUCUUUAAAUGCUCUAUUAUUUUGUACAAUAUAUUUAAUACAAAAAAUAAAUGCUUUCUUGUUACCUACUACGGAUGUUACGAUAACUUCAAAUAUUAUAAUAACAAUACGAGUCUUUAAAAUAACGAAUGUUGCAUUUUUACAAGUAUAUCAUUCAGACCAUUCGCUCAUUUAUUACAUAAUACUGUAAUUCGAUAAGAGUUUAAGUAAUUUCCCCUAAGAAAGACUAAAGAUCAUUGUAAUUCGUUGAAUUCAUACGAUAUGUAAAAUAUGAAAAAUAAACAAAAGUAACUAUUUUAUAAAUAAACUCCCAGAAUUGCGUCGGAUAUCUAUAUAAUAAAAAAACAUAUCAAGACAAUAAGCUUAUUCAGCAAUAUCUGCAGAGUAUAAUAAAUAUUGUUAUAUAAAAAAA